UUGUCUGAUGGCUUCCUCAUUAUUUAUACCAGAUGAGCGGUAACACUGUAGGUUUUUCAGAUAGCCGGUGUAGAAAGUGGAUGGAGGUUUUUAGCUGUUUUGAAUGCAUAAUUUUCACCAAUUAAGAUGGACAUUUGGUCUCCUACAUGGCACCUUGCUACCUGGGCAGUCAUGAACCUCCUCUGUGUUUUUUCUCAUGAAGUGACAGUGAGGUACUCUGAUCUGAAGCCAUGCAGAGAGGAUGAGCGAGUGUGUGUCACUGACCUCAGAGACUGUGCCCCUCGGCCACUUUCAUCUAUACAGAAGACCCUGAACAUGUCCUGUUACUACCAGAUAGAAUACAAAUCCAUGACAUGUGAGUGGAGUCAGGAGACAAACAGCCACACUAAUUCUUAUGUCUCGCUCAUCUUCGGCAGCAGGGAUAAAAUCAUCUCAUGUAAGGGAAUCUUCAACCCGGCAGCCGUCCUCAAUGUAACAGCGAGAAUGAGAAACUACAUCAUGGGGCGGGAGAUCUGGUCCAAACCUCACACUGUGGUUCUUUAUGAUGCAGUCAAACCCUCUCAGCCUGUAUUAACUGUACGUGGCUCCACUGAGGACUCUGUUGUUGUGUCUUGGAGAAGCAGUGAUGACGGCAGCUGUCGGCUUCGCUACAGAGUCAACAACACUCACACGUGGACCAAGGCUAUAGAUUCUGUCCCUGUACAUCAACAUCAGACACUGACCUACGUGAUCAAAGACCUGCUGCCCUUUACUGCCUACAGAGCUGCUGUGGCCUGCAGAGAGCAUUCUGGGAUCUGGAGCGACUGGAGCUCUGACGUCAGCGCAAGGACGCUGGACAGGGUGCCCUCCAGGCCUCCAGAGGUGUGUUACAGAGUGGAGAAAAACGACUCUGGUGGAUCUUUACUCCUUCAUCUCAUGUGGAAGGAUCUUGAGCUCCGUGAUGCCGGAGGUCAUAUCCUUGGAUACCAGGUAAGUUACAAGCCAGAGAAGAAGCAGCAGCUGCAAGACAGAUUACUUCAAAAUGUCACAGAGGUGAUGGCGCUCCUGGUAGUGGAGGAGGGGAACUACAGCGUCAAAGUCUCAGCCUUCAACAUGGCCGGCUACGGACCUGCUGCACGCCUCAGCGUUGACACACUAAGACUGAACACUCUCCCCUCUGUCAGAAACCUGUGGGUGUCCAGUUCUUUCCCGGCUAUGAAAGGUCUUCUGAUCCAAUGGGAGAACCCGCCCUCAGUCCUGCCUGUCAGUCAUUUUGCUGUCCAGUGGCACCCUGAGACUCGUCCAUCCUUCAGCCGCUGGACCACAGUGGACAGCUUUACCAACUCCACUGUCAUACAAGAUGUUGACCAUGAUGAAUCCUACCUGAUCAGAGUGAUCCCCGUCUACAACCAGCAGUGUGGACCCGCUCAGUCACUGCCUGCCAGUCUGCAGCAGGGAGCUCUGAUGGAGGCGAUAAACCUGAAUGUGGUGGGUGUGACCAAAACGACAGUGACAGUUGGCUGGGCGUGGCGAAAGGCGUCUGGACCAAUCAGAGUGAACAGAUACAGCGUGCUGCUGAAGAAAGACACCGAGAGACUAACAGCUCUGUCUUUGUGGCCAGACCAACAGCAGCACAAACUCCUCAACCUGAAACCCAACACUGAGUAUUCUCUUCUGCUUUUGGCUGAUAAUGUUUCCAGAAACAUCAUCUUUGUGAGAACACAUUUUGAUGAGGUACUAGUGGUGGCCACAGCGACUCCUCUGCUGCUGCUGGCUGUUACUGUGUUUGUCAUCUCCAUCCUGUCCAGGACUGUGUACAAGUCAUACUUCUUCCCGCUCAUCUCCAACCCUCAGAGCAGUACAACAGGCAAGUGGCUGAUGGACCCAAACCACCAGAAAACUGCAGAGAGAAACAUCCUGAACAUAGAGGACUUCCAGGUGGCGGACAUGCUCGGGGAGAGAAGCCCUAUCAUUGUCCGUCCUAACUCCCAGCCCUCCUCAGAAGAGGACCUACAUGAAGACACCUCUGUGCUGCUGAUCAGUCACCUCAUCGUCAGACUGUCGACCCUCGAACUGGACACAGAGUAUGUCUCUGACGCUCCAAUAACCACAGAGCAUCAACUAGCUUGUGCCCAGUCCUCCUGUCACCCUGACUACACAGUGAACUGCUGUCAUCCUGACACAGUUUUCAUAUCUGAGGAGAGCCGAGAGGCUGACGCUGCUCUGCUGCAUCAGACACAUGAAGCUAACAGCUGGUUUCCACAGAAAGAGAGCAGACAGGCUGACUUUUCAGAGACGUCACAUCAGAAAUUAACUGCUGUAAAAUGCUGUUUUCGUGAACUCACGGCUAACACAAACAGUCACUGUGCUUGUCAGAUGACCUGUGAGGCAGAAUAUGAAGUAAACUCUUCCUUUCUGGGGAAAAAAGAUGUUGAAACAGUGAGUGGACGGAGCAACUGUUCUUAUCUGAUCUGCGAGCCUACUUAUGUAGCAAACAGUUUGUUUACUGAAAAACCUGCAGACAGAACCACCAACUUCAGUACUCCAUGCUCGGUCAAUGGCACAGAUGGAAAAAUAAGAAGAGGCUACAGCCCAACCUGUGACGCCUCUUUCAGACGAGACGAGAUGAGUAAAAACAACAAUUGUGUGAGGUAGUAUGCAGAACGAAGAGUAACACAUAAUCCUACAAAGUAGCUAAUUAGAAUGCAACAGACUGUGAAUGUGAAUCAUCACAAUAUUGAGUUUCUUCUGGUAUCCUUGUCCUCUUGAUUUUUCACUCAAGUACGAUCAAAGAACAGAGUUACAAAACUCUGCAUAUUCAUCGUCAGGAAAAUACACAAAAUAAACUUUUCCACCAUUCUUCUUUACAGCAAAACUGUUGCUGCAAAUGCAUUAAACAUGUUGUGGGCAUCAGUGUAUUUGGUGGUAAAGUUCAGUUAGUUGAACUUUAGCCACAAAAGCUGGUUUUGGUGUGAAAGUGCUCAGUUUGCUUGUUAGCCACUAUAGCCAGUGUUAACAUUUUCAAUGUUUUCCAGGAAACAUUUAGCACUUUAUCACGCUAACGUUUGCAUAAUAACCCAUAAAAUGAAUGUUAGCUUGAUAGCAUGGUUAUUAUUAUUUUACCAUGGUCUAAUCAGUCCAAGACACAGGUGACCAAAACAUUCCUGGAUUCUGACAAGGACUUUUGUUGCAUGACAGCACAUACAAGGGGGGGAAAACAUGCAUACAGUUGUGUUGCCAUACUAAUGUUUACCAUGUUAACAUCCUUACUUUUACAACAGUGACAUGUUAGACAAAAUGCUGCCACAGACAAUGAGAAGUACUUAUAUUAAGCAAUUUAAUAUUUCCUGUUCAUUUCAGUUUAUGGAAAGGUUGUACAUCAGCGUCAACGAUCAGCCAUUUUGCUGUUUUGACUUUGGUGUAGUGAAAUUGUACAGGCAUCAUCCUGUCAACCCUCUCAAAGAGUACGGUCUAGAACUGCUCUACAUGAUAACUGCAGUGAGAUAACUUCUGUUAUGAAUUGGCACCAUAUAAAUAAAAUUUAAUCCAUUACCGCAUAGAUUAGCAGAAAAUCUGUUUUGCUCUUAUAAUCAAUUAAUGAAUCUUCUUAGCUAAGUGUACUGUAUUAGACUACACUUCAUAAAUACAGAUGGCUGACAUUUGAUUUGAGAAAGAAAUCCAUCCGACAAAGCUGAUGCCUGAAACUCUUUCCUGAAAAAGUUUGUCUAAUUGUAAAAAUGUCAUCAUGCUUCAACAUCAAAAUAGUUUCUUUUGUUACUGUAUAAUAGAAGGUUUAUUCUUUAAAUGUCUGUGGUGUUAUAAUUUAUCUGAACUCUGGAAAUGUAGCCACGGUCCACUUGGCUCAUAGAACUGUUUCUGUUAAUAGCUGAGUGAUGUAAAUACAGCUUGCAGAUAUUAAGCUUUCUGCAUUUGUCUGGUCUCUAACAGUAUGUACUUUCUCCAUUUCUUCCUAACCUUUACUUGUCUGUUAUUAGAUCCAUUGUCACACAGCAAGUUCCCAAGUGUAAAAUUAAACCUGAGAUCUGAACUGA